AUGCCCUUCCUCGCGCUCCCGAACGAGAUCGUUCUCCAAAUAUCCAAAUUCCAAUCUCCCCCGGACCUGAACUCCCUCCUAAAAACCAGCCGUCGGUUCGCUGCCCUGCUGAAACCUGAGCUCAUCGACGCCGCUUGUUGCGCCGCCUACAGUAACUACGGCAAGCGUGCAAUCCGUCAAGCUGCAUCCCGCCGUGAAAACGAUAUGGUAAAGCGCCUCCUCUCCAAGGGCCUUCCAAAGUAUGAAAACGCCAUCCUCCACGACGCAGCCUCGACCGAACCGGACUGCUCUGCCAUGAAAAUCCUCCUCAUCUGCGGCAUCGACCCGGACGGUCGCGAUGACCGGGGCCGCACGGCGCUCGCGUGUGCUGCGGCCGCAGGGAGGGGUGGAGCAGUGGAACUUCUAUUGAAGAACCGCCGGGUUAUGGUCGACUCCUGUGAUUUGAAUAGAAGAACCGCCUUGGGGGUCGCUGCGGAAUCUGGGAAUGAGAAGAUCGUUGAGCUCUUGCUUGAUGCUGGGGCUGAUGUGGACUGGGUGGAUGAAUGCGGCUUGACACCGCUGCUUGUGGCUUCUGGCGAGGGUCAUGAUAGAAUUGUCCAGCUCUUAUUGUACAACGAUGCCAACAUUAAUUGGGCUGAUCAUGGCGGUCGUACCUCUUUGCAUAUUGCUGCAGCGUACGGGCAUGAGGGAGUGGUGAAAGUCUUGCUC